AUGGCUGGAUCUCCCAAUUCCAACCUAAGGGGCUUCAACUACGCUGUCCAAACCCUUCUCAAGCAACCGUCCCAAUUCCUCCCUCACCUCACUAUUCCAACAUUUGCACACCUCCCGGAGAACCUAGGCCCGCAUCUUAUUCCCAAAAAGAAUCUGCAGCAACGUACGCCCUCCAUUCGAGCUCUGGUCCUCGACAAGGACAAUACCCUCUGCGCCGCAAAGACAACGACAUUCCCACCCAAUAUCCUAGCAAAGCUAUCUGCACUCCGUACCAGCACGACAUCCCCAUUCCAAGCCUCCACAAAUCCAAACUCAAUCCUUAUCGUGUCAAAUCGCGCCGGAAGCCACAGCACCUUUGACAAUGAAGUGCGCGAUCUAGAAGCACAGCUUGCGCAUCUGCAGAUACCUGUUUUCCGACUUCCACCUGGCACGGAAAAGAAGCCUUUUUGUGGCCAGGAAGUUGUGGCAUGGUUCAAGGAACGGGGUGUAGUUGAGUCAUCGCAUGAGAUUGCGGUUGUGGGUGAUCGACUAGGAACGGAUGUGCUUAUGGCGGGGAUGAUGGGCUCAUGGAGUGUUUGGUGCAAGGAGGGAGUGUUUGAUAUUGGGGAGGAGGGCAAGCCCGAGCGUAAUGUCUUGGAAAAGAUGGAAGUUUGGAUCGAGAGAUUCCUUCGAAACAGAGGAGUUGAUGCCCCUUCGCCGAAAGGAUGGGAGAAGGCUUGA